AAGCGAGAGAGAGAGAGAGAGAUCCUGCCCUCCUUCUCCUUAGUGCGGAGGCAGCUCGGGUCCCUGCAGCAUUACCGGAGCUCUGAGUGUCUCAUCAUCAAAUCCAACACCGAAAGCGUCGCGUGAAGCCGGAUAAGAGAGUCACGUUAUUUCUGAACAGCGGGAUUUGGAGAUUUUACACCAAUCAAGAGGACAAACAGUAAACUUUUUUUUCAAUCUUCGCAUCGUUUUCAAAAAAAAAAAAAAUCGUUUGAGAGAAAUAAGGAAAAAUUCAUCAGAGACAGUUUCCACAUUCGGGAAAAAAGAACAAAAACAAAAACAAAACAAAAAAACGUAUACGAAUUGUACCCUCAAUUGUGUGUAACGCAUUUCUUAGACGCAGGUCAGGUCCGUUCCGAUUUGAGCUUUUCGUUAUUUCCGGGUCGCUUCUAUCGGGUACAGUGUUUUUAAUUCUCGACCUCAGGCGAACAAGUGGAUGUUUUUUUUCCUCGGAUCAGUGAGGCCAUCAUAGAUGUGCCAUCUAGAGACUUUGCGCAUCAUCAUCCUCAUCAUUCUUAUCCUCCUCCUCUUACUCUGCUCCUUUUCGACGCGACUUGAGACUUCCGAACUCUAUAAAUCGAAGAAGGAGGAGUCUUAACUUCUCUUUUAAGGGUGGGAACUUUGAUUUUUUUCCCCCUUUUCCUUUUCUUUUUUUUUUUUGCUCGAGCGAGUUGUGAUGAUGAUGAUGAUGAUGUCUGUGAACAGCAGUAGCAAGCAGGCGUUUGUUAUGCCUCACACCUCUUCACCCGAGCCCAAGUACUCUUCCUUGCAUGCUUCUUCUCCGAUUUCUUCUUCAGCCUCAUCCACCUCGUCCUCUACUUUGACUUCGGACUCGCAAUCCUGCUCGUCCUCUCGACACAGCAGCAGCACAAGUAUCAUCAGCACCAGCAUCAGCAGCAGCGUGAGCUCGGAGGCAAUGCGCCGAGCGGGUCUCCCGACCCCACCGAGCAACAUAUUCGGCGGCUUGGAUGAGAGUCUACUGGCCCGCGCCGAAGCUCUGGCGGCGGUGGACAUCGUCUCACAGACCAAAAGUCACCACCAGCACCAGCAGCACCACCACCACCCUCACCACCCUCCGCAUCCUCACCAGUCUCACCCUCCACCUCAUCACAGUCCCUUUAAGCCGGACGCGACAUACCACGCCAUGAACGCGUUGCCGUGCACCUCCUCGACGUCCUCGUCCUCGUCGUCUUCUUCUUCCGUGCCAAUCUCUCACCCGUCUGCACUGGGCGGCGGCGGGAACGGAGGCCACCACCACCACCAUCAUCACCACCACCAUCACCAUCCUCAGCCUCACCAAGCGCUUGAAGGAGAACUCCUCGAGCACCUCAGCCCGGGCCUUGCGCUCGCAGGUGCAGCCAUGGACGGCUCGGUGGUGUCCACGCAGGCGGCCCACAUGGCCGGCGUGAACCACCCCAUGCACCAGGCAGCUAUCAACAUGGCGGCAGCGGCGGCGGCGCACGCUCACGCCCACGCGCACGCCCACGUCCAUGCGCACGCCCACGCACUCCCGUCUGCGCACCACCUGGGCUGCCCGAGCGACGUGGACGCCGAUCCGCGGGACCUCGAAGCGUUCGCCGAGCGCUUCAAGCAGCGGCGCAUCAAGCUUGGCGUGACGCAGGCGGACGUGGGCGCGGCGCUCGCCAACCUCAAGAUCCCAGGCGUGGGCUCGCUUAGCCAAAGCACGAUCUGUCGCUUCGAGUCGCUCACACUCUCCCACAACAACAUGAUUGCACUCAAGCCCAUUCUCCAGGCGUGGCUCGACGAGGCCGAGAAGUCACACCGCGAGAAGCUCAGCAAGCCCGAGCUCUUCAACGGCGCCGAGAAGAAGCGGAAGCGCACGUCCAUCGCGGCGCCCGAGAAGCGUUCUCUCGAGGCCUACUUCGCCAUCCAGCCGCGGCCCUCGUCCGAAAAAAUCGCCGCUAUUGCUGAAAAGCUGGACCUCAAAAAGAACGUAGUGCGCGUCUGGUUCUGCAACCAGAGGCAGAAACAAAAACGCAUGAAAUACUCAGCGUGCGUGUAAAAAUAAUAAAGUUUCACUCUUUUAAAAGACUUCACGAACUGUUUGUAUAACAUUUCUUAUCCUCACAUUUUGCCCUCCCCGAAUCAUCCAUGACUCGUGCACUGAAGCAGACUAUCACUCUGAAUGAAAACACCAAAAUAACCGUUACAUCAAAAGAGGAUGCGGAGGCAUUUUAAAGGACCGGACCAAGUAAGACCUUGUUUUUCCCCUUUUGAUAUUUAACAUGGUCAGGAUUUCAGAUGAGUGUGACUCUCUAAAGCCUCAAUCAAAUUGGUUUUUGGGCAAUUUUCCGCGUAGAAGAGCUAAGGAUGGACGGUAAAUAUAUUAAAUAGUAAUGAAUGAGAAAGCUGUGUUAAGGACAAAUAUCCACAAAGAAGACUUUUUAUAUUAAUUAUAUGAGUGAUAAUAUUAGACUAAAGAUGGAUGCGAAAUUGAAGAGGUUGAAAUUGUUUGUAAUUUUUUUCUGGAGCAACUUGACAAGAUGCUAUAAAUAUCAAGCACACAG